AUGGCCACUACUGCUGUUGCUGGCUCGUCUAGAUCCACUACCACUGCUCAGAACGUUACUAUGAUUGGUUUUGAUGAUGUCAUGUAUCAAAUGCUGGACAAGAUCACCGGAUCAGGUGGACUUGAUCGCCAAAUUAUCCCAAUCAUUGGAAUGGGUGGAAUAGGCAAGACCACUCUUGCUCGAAAUAUCUAUUUAAGUCGACUUGUCCAAGAACAUUUUGAUGUUUGUGCAUGGUCUGUAAUUUCUCAAGAUUAUAAUGCAAGAGAAAUUCUUAAACAAAUUCUUGAUCAAAUAAACAGGAAGAAUAAGGAGGAGGGGAAUGAGAACAAUUGGAAAGAUUUGAGAGAAGGUGAGAUAGGAGAUCAUUUGUACAAAUAUUUGAUAGGAAGGAAGUAUUUUAUUGUGAUGGAUGAUAUGUGGAAUACUGAGGCAUGGGAUCGAGUUAGGAGAUUCUUCCCUGAUAAUAGAGAUGGAAGUAGAAUAGUAGUGACAACAAGGCUGUCAAACUUAGCAUCUUAUUUUAACUACUCCAAUGAUCUUGAUAUGAAAUUUUUGGAUGAGGAUAUGCUAGUUGGAACCUGUUUUCCAAAACUAUGUUCAAAGAAGAAAGUUGUUGUGACAGCCCGCCCUCCUAGGGUAUAA